ACGUCAUCAUUGCGCGCGACGUGUGAUGUUUUGGGACGUGGUGUUGUUCUGCUAGCAGCGAACAAAAGGGUAAAGAAUGCCUCUACCGCCAGCACUGCUGGCCCGAUUGGCCAAGAGAGGAAUUGUUAAACCAUCAGAGCAAGAAGCAGAUGAGGAGAUUAUUGCUGAAGAUUAUGAUGAACCAUGUGAUUAUGAAGCCACCAGAAUUGAGGAAUUUGCCCCAAACUGGUAUAAAGUGUUUGACCCUGCUUGUGGUCUUCCUUAUUACUGGAAUGUUGAGACUGAUUUGGUGACCUGGCUCUCACCGAAUGAUCCGUCUGCAGUCAUAACCAAAGCUGCCAAGAAGUUAAAGGCUGAUGGAGAAGACAAAGGAGUGAGGCAAUUUGAGAAGCCAGACAGAGAACGAGAACGGGACAGGGAUCGGGAAAAAGAAAGGGAUCGAGAUCGGGAUAGGGAGCGAGAUAGAGACCGGGACAGGGAAAGAGACGAGGGAAGGGAAAGAGACAGACGAAAGCAGAGGAGAGAAGACAGCGCACCAUACAGCAAGAGCAAAAGAGGGAGAAAAGAUGAUGAAAUGGACCCUAUGGAUCCAAGUGCUUAUUCUGAUGCUCCGAGGGGAAAAUGGUCCAGUGGCUUGCCGAAGCGUAAUGAAGCAAAGACGGGUGCAGAUACCACGGCUGCAGGGCCUCUGUUUCAGCAGCGUCCGUACCCCAGUCCUGGAGCUGUGCUUCGAGCUAAUGCAGCCAACCAACCACCCAAGGAGUGAGAGAAGUGCCCCCAGACAAACGCUCAUUCAGCUGCAUGUCUUCCUUUCACUCACUUCAAGUCUACACUUACAGACUGAAACCUACGGAGUUGUUGUUCUAUAAAUGUGUAGCUGUAAGAAGUGGAGGACUGAGUUUCUGUCACACCACUGCUUUGACAUACAUCGAAAAACAUUUGGAACAGCUGUAAAUAUGUUUCUAUGACUUAAUCGAGAUACUUGUAGUUACAAUGACCAUUCGACACAGUAACUAAUAAAUUUAAACAAUACUGUGAAA